AUGUCCUACGAAAGUGCAUUUUCGAGGUGGAAAGGUGCGCUGGGAAUCCAGCGAAUAAUCGCUCGCGGACCCCCCAAGCUCGACACCAAAAGCGACGAAACCAUUCCAAAAGGCAACUGUAAAGCGACGAAAAAAAACAACCAGUUCAACUCGACCGUCCCAGCCGACAAGAGGCACUCAAAGACAAAUGAAAACUGGCGCGUCAAACAGAUUUCAAAGGAAUUCAUUUCCCUC